AUGGUGCUGGCACAAUGGGAUUGUUGGCACCUCGACAACGAAGACCUUAUAUAUGGUAGAACUAAUGAUAAUACAACAUGUGGCAAUGAAGUUUCAUGCCAAAUAAUUCAAUUAGAAAACGACAAUAGUUAUAUCUACUUAGAUAGUAACGUCUGUGGUUUAAAAAAUCUACAUAUAAGACCAAACGGAUUACAGACCGAUAAGCUCUUUUUCGCAAUUUCAAGAUACUUUCAAACGAACUUUAUUUUCCAUGUGACCCCAGACAACGUGUUUUAUAUUGUAAUUGAAGAGUCUGUUAAUAUGUGUGAUCUCACUUUUGUCCAAGAUGAAAAGUAUACAAGUAAUAAAUAUGAUGUUAUUGCAGUCUCACAAACACCGGAACACAUCACACUUCUUGACAAUGCAAAGAUCUGGUUGGCAUUUUUGAACGUGCAACACCCAUACCUUUACUUAGACUGGGACGACACUCAACCCAAAAAUCAAACGUUCAAAAUUGACAUCAGAAACUAUUAUAAUGGGAAGUGUUCCUAUAUCUUUUCAACUGCAAAGAAUAUUGAAACGGUCAAUGCGGUCUUACCAGAGAACACCAAAUUACUGGAAAUGUGUAAGAUUGGGAAAUAUGUGAGAUAUGGGUUGUGUAGGAAUAUUGAAGAUGACGAAACGGAUGCGUUCAAAGACUGCUCGUGUGUUGUAAACACAAAAAGAGAAAUUGCUAUAUUGGAUAAAGUGCAAAUGAAUUAUCCAGAUUGCGUGUAUAACAGUUCAUUAUACACAUUACACAUAUCUAAAGAGCAGCUAAUAAUAAUGUUUAAUAUUGAGAAACAUGCGACUCAGUGGAAGAGCAUCGUGUUUGAAGAGAGAGAAAAACAAAUUGAGUUGUUAUCCAAAGAACCUUUUGCGUUGUUUGAAAAGACCAUUUUUCCAGACGUCCCAGUGAUCAUCGGAGUCGGUCUUUUUGGUG